AUGGUACGGGAAAGGAGGAGCUACAUGAGCCAUUCAGCAGACUCGAAAAAGGUAAUGGACGUGUAUUUUGGGUUGAAGAAGGACUUCCACAAAAGAAACUUUGCUUUCGUUAGAUAUGCCGACAUCAGGGAUGUUAAAGAAAUGGAGCUAAAACUGCAGAGCAUUAAGUGUAGAGGCAAGACUUUGGAGGUAAAUAUCUCAAAACAGCAACGGAAAACCCAACAAUAUCAAUACCAAGUACCAUUUUGGCAACCCAUGCAAAGGAAGAAUAUGAAAUCCAACAUCUAUCAUAGUGCUCAACCUUACUAUAUGGAGGUAAGAGGUAACAUCACUUAUGCCCAAGUUACUAGUGAAUCGAAUGUGAAAAAACCCCAACAACACACCUCCUCAAUCACUUUAAACCCCAACACAUUCGUGAGAGAUUGGUUAAAGAGAGGAGUACUAAUUGUUAGGACAUAA